GAGAGUUAGUGUGAGCGCACAUGUGCCACUGAAUACAGCUGCCACACGCUUUAAAUCUUCAAGAGAAGGACAGACAGAAAGAAAGAAAGAAAGAAAGAUUGUUUAAACUUUCUUCUGUUGGGAAACAGAAGCAGCAGUGAAGAAGAAAACGUGUUGAAUCCUCACCAUAUAAAUACAGAUCAUCUACUGGAGGAGCUCAACUCAUACACUGUCAUGGCUCCCAGCUUGGCCCAAGCGUACAGGAGGAGGUGGUGGAUGGCUAUCACAGCCAUUAUAGAGAACCUGCUCUUCUCUGCUGUUCUGCUGGGUUGGGGCUCACUGCUCAUCAUGCUGAAGAAUGAAGGCUUCUAUUCCCAUCUUUGCAUUGAAAACGAAACUGACCACACCAACGUGACUUCCAUGGAGAGCGGUCAGUGGCGGAGUUGCGUGGAGCAGGAAGAGAUGUUGAACCUUGGCUUUACCAUUGGCUCGUUCCUCUUGAGUGCAGCCACUCUACCCCUGGGCAUCCUGAUGGACAAAUACGGGCCGCGCCCACUGAGGCUCAUCGGCAGUUCAUGUUUUGCAGCCUCCUGCGCAAUGAUCGCUAUCGUUGCAUACAAUCCUGAAGUGCUGUCCGCCCUCAUCUUCCUCGCUGUCUCCCUCAACGGCUUUGGAGGGAUCUGUCUGACCUUCACCUCACUCACACUGCCUAACAUGUUUGGAAAUAUACGAUCAACCGUCCUCUCCCUGAUGAUUGGCUCCUAUGCUUCUUCAGCCGUGACCUUCCCUGGUGUCAAGGUGAUUUAUGACCUUGGCGUGUCAUUCCGCGUCCUCAUGUGGGUUUGGUCUGGCAUGGCCUGCAUGGUCUUCGUCAACUGCUUUGUAAACUGGCCUGUUGAAUCCUUCCCUGCACCUGAAGACGUCAGAUACACUAAAAAGGUGAAGCUGAGCGGAGUUGUGACAGAGGACAAGGUGACUGGGGAGUCGUAUGUCACCCAUGUGACUCUUAUGGAAGACAUGAUGGGAGCUCAGCAGCCAGAACCCGAACAGACAGACUCCAAAGGCACAACCCAGGACGCAGUGCCACUCUGUCACUCUGUGUGCUCUCCCAUCUUACUGUGGAGUCUCAUCACCAUGGCAAUGACCCAGCUGAGGCUGAUCUUCUUCAUGGGUGCCAUGAACAAGAUGGUGGAGUUCCUGGUCACCCACGGUGACCCCAACCCCUCAGAAGAGAUGGUGAAUGAGGCGAAGGAACAAGUUGGUUUCUACUCAUCUAUCUUCGGCACAAUGCAGCUGCUGUGUCUAUUGACCUGUCCUUUGAUUGGCUACAUCAUGGACUGGAGGCUGAUGGAGUGUGAAGAGGAGAACGCAAACACACAAAUAGAAAAGAGCCAAUCAGAUCCCCCGAAGAGAGACAGGAAGAUCCAGAAACUGACCAAUGCCAUGAGAGCUUUCAUCUUCACUAACCUCUUAUUGGUCACCUUCGGAAUACUUUCCUUGAUUGACAACCUGCCCCUACAGUUGGUGUCGUACAUUCUGCACACCAUAGUGAGAGGAUUUAUCCACUCCUGCUGUGGAGGUCUCUAUGCUGCUGUGUAUCCAGCUAACCAUUUUGGAACACUGACAGGCCUGCAGUCAAUGAUCAGUGCUGCCUUCGCCUUGCUCCAACAGCCUCUGUUCAUAGUGAUGCUGGGACCCCUCAAAGGAGAUCCUUACUGGAUCAAUUUUGCCCUCCUCAUCUUCUCCCUGACUGGCUUCCUGUUGCCCGGCUAUCUGUUUUAUCACCGUAGAAACCUGAUCAGGGCAAAGGCAAAGCAUGAUAGGUUGGCUGCCAGCCAAUCAGAAAAUGCUCCUCUAAACCAGUCUGAUUUGAAGAGCCAAGCCAAUGGGCAUGCGGCUAAUGGAUACACACCCAAUGGACACACUGCUUAAAACAAUCAAUGGGACUGAAAUGAGCAAUUUAUGUAAUAGUCUGUUUUGACUACUGUUUUUAGUAGUUUAAAAAUAUAUUCUGAGGAUGUAAAUGCAACCUUACCCCAGUUUGGAAACUAUGACAUCUAGCAAAAACAAAACAAGACAGCAAAAAUUUAUUUUACCUUUAAGGUUAUCGCCAGCAGUAGGUCUACAGUUUGACCUAAUGCCAGGCUUUUCGUUUGGAAUAUAUUCUCUGACUUUUCACUAGAUUUCAUCACAUGGUCAUUUAAAAAUAACAUGUAAAGGUGGCUCAGUGGUUAGCACUGUAGCUUCACAGCAUGAGUCUCAGUCUGCUCCCUCCAGUGUGGAGUUUACAUAUUGUUCUGACCGUGGGGGUUUGCUUUCUCCACGAACACUCAAAUUGCCCAUAAGUGAGAAUAUGAGUACAUGUGAUGGACUGACAAGCUUCCAGUCCCCAAAGCAUUAAGUGACAAAUAACAUAAUAAUUCAAGGACCAUACAGUGUUUCUGCAUGUUUUAUCCCACUAAUAACAUACAGUCGGUCUACAAGAGUAUUUCCAGACGUUUUUCAAAGUGUAACUGAACUCUUUAGUUUAUUGAAUGUGCUUGAAACGAAGUAAUCCAUCACAGCUGACAGCAAAACUGCAAGCCAAAACAACAGGCCUACACAUACUGUAUAAUGAUGAUACUACUACUACUACUACUAAUAAUAAUACUAAUAUAGAUACAAAGUGUUUAAUACGAGCAAAAAUGAAAACAGAUAAAAGUAAAAUACAGCAUUAUAAAAAGAACAUAAUAUAAAAUAUAUUAACAUAAUAAAACAAUAGACCUGAUUAUUUGUCAUACACAGCAAAGAAUUAGCACUAAAAAUGUUUGGUCUAAUGUCAGGUUUACAUAUUUGAAUUACAUAUAAAGUUUCCAUUAGGUCAAGUAAUUCUAACAUAAAGUACAAAAGUACUAUAUAUGUAAUAAAAUGACAUAAAAACGGAUAUGAAUAGUCUGAGAAUUUAUGUAACUUUUGCUCAUUGAAUUAAAUUAAAUCAAAUUAAUUUAAUUUAUGUUGAUGUUUAUUAGCAUAUCUAUACUUUAUAGACUUAAUUAACAAUCAUGACAUAAACUUUAGGUAAAUUCUGUGAGCUAUAGUUUCGUAGUCAGGUUGUCUCAGUUUCUAUUAGGUUAAAUUACAUAAUUUAUGUCAGAAUUACUUGACUCAGUUGAGUGACAUUUUGUAUUUAAUUGAAAUAUGUAAACCUGACAAAAUAGACCAAAUAACUUAUUUAAAUAAGUAAAGUAAAAGCACAUUAGGUGAAAGUACAUUUCAAAAAGUGUGCUUUUAAAAGAGGAAGAAGAUGUGGCUUGCCUGAUCUCCUCCGGCCAAUCAUUCCAGAGUGACGGGGCCCUGACAGCAAAGGCCCUGUCACCCCUGGUUUUAAAUCUAGAUCUUGGAAUCUCUUAAAGGGACCCACUGGAGGAUCUUAGGCUACACUCAGGCUCAUAUGGGAUUUAAAAAUGUAUCAUUAUACUCAGGGGCCAAUCCCAUCCGGGCCUUAAAAGUGCUAAUUAAAAUCCUAAAAUCGAUUCUAAAACGCACAGGUAGCGAGUGUGAUGAAGUUAUAUGUGCUCUGUGGAGUCUGUCAGUGGCAUUUUGAAUGUUAUGUAUGUAACUGUAUGUUACAGUUAUGAGCAAUAUUUGUCAUCUUGACAUAGUAAUAUAAUUUAGACAUGUUUUUAAUGUCUACUUUUAAGGAAAGGUUCACAUUUUUUCAAGUCUGUCUUAAAACAAUAGUCAUCCUAUUCAACAUUAAAUCUUGAUGAGGUCACCUACCACCACCGAGGUGCUUUGUACAGUUAAAUCUACUUUUUUUUGUAGUUGUAGCCGUAGCAUUGAUGUAAUUCUCCUGUUUGCCUUGCUCUGUCUGUCUGAAAGUAUCAUUUUGAGGCAAACUUAAAUUUAAAAAUCUGUGAACCUGCCCUUCAAGAUUAAUUACUAUAAAUGACAAAAGAUAAAUUGUUAUCCUGAAAAAAGAGUCAAUUAUGAUCAUAAUUAAAGCUUUUAUCUCAAGAAAAUGAGACGUUUAGAGAAACUGUGUAACUUUAAAGACAAAAUGAAAUAGACUACACAUUCUUCCUCUACAAACUGAAAGUUGAAUUUAUAGACAUUAAAAGAUACUUUUGCUCAAUUCAGUACACUCAGGGUUUUUUGCUUCUACUGCAUUACACUAUCCGGUAAGACCACUAGCUUUUGCUCGCUAAAUGUAAGCAACUGUUACAAACUUUAACUAAAUAUUGUUCUAUAAUCAAAAAGUCAUUUUGCUGACUUUAUGAUUCUUCUUUAAAGGUGCUGUAUGUAAGAAUGUGGCCAAAACAGUUACUGCACUCAAAUUCAAAAUACUGCCGCGAGUCGUG